AUGGCAGCAGAGCUAACUUCGAUCAAGCUCAACCCAGAGAGCCAUAUCAUCUUGGACCAACCACUCCUCCGCCUCCCCAACGACUUAGCACGAAGAAACUUCAAGUCCGUUCAAAGAUCCGUCGAACGAGAGAAAGAAUAUGUCAUCCCAGCUCUUAAAGAAGCGGCCAACGCCUCCCUAUCCAACACCCAAACGCCUGACCAGACGCUUGCCGCCCUCGAUGCGAUGCUCUCUCGCAUGCAGGGCCUGAAACGGAAAAUGCAGAGCUUACAGGAAGAAGAAAAGAGGAUACAGAAUCAGUCACGCAAACGUAUCCAGCAUCUAGAGGCCCUGCAUAAGAUUCCGAGCUUGGCGGAUGUUAAAUAUGAUCAGUGGUCUCGGGUAAGACUGGAUCGGUUACUGGUGGAUCAUAUGCUGCGGUCGGGAUAUUCGGAGAGUGCGAAGCAACUAGCGCAAGAGCGGGAUAUUGAAGAUCUGGUCGAUUUGGGUGUUUUUACACAGUGCCAGCGGAUUGUCGAGUGUCUACGCCAAGGAGAGACCAAAGAGGCGCUCCAGUGGUGCGGUGAGAACAAAGCCGCGCUGAAGAAAAGCCAGCAUAAUCUGGAAUUCGAACUGCGCUUGCAGCAGUACAUCGAGCUGGUCCGGUCGCGCGAUCAAACAAAGAAAAUCGAGGCCAUUGCUCAUGCAAAAAGAUAUUUGGUCACAAACCAAGACACACAGAAUAAAGAAAUUAUGCGAGCAGCAGGAAUGCUUGUGAUUACCCCGGAUACUCGAGCGGAGCCAUAUAAGACCCUAUUUUCAACAGACCGUUGGAAGUUUCUGUCAGACCUCUUCAUAAAGACUCACCAUGAGCUGCUUUCCUUGCCAUCGCAGCCAUUGUUGCAUAUUGCUUUGUCCGCCGGACUGUCUGCGUUGAAGACACCACUUUGCCACUCUGCCUACACCUCCUCGAGCUCCAACUCAGCAUCCACAGCUACCUCCGUUUGUCCAAUAUGCUCGACAGAGUUGAACGACCUAGCACGUAAGAUGCCAUACGCGCAUCAUUCCAAGAGUUACGUUGAAGGUGACUCGAUCGUGCUGCCCAACGGUCGAGUGUACAGCAAGUCUCGUUUGCUGGAUAUCAGCAAACAGGUAGGCUCUGUCGAGGAUGGGAAAGUGAAGGAUCCAACAACGGGUGAGGUUUUCCCAGAGAGCGACAUGAAGAAAGUGUAUAUAUUGUGA